AUGAAUAUUAAUCACAUAAACAAAAAAACAAAAACUUCAGAAAAAUACUCAGAAGAAGAAUUACAUUAUUACUCUGAACUAUAUUCAUUACGAACAACUAAAACAUCUAUAUUAUUAGGAGAAUACUCAACUGAAACACAAUUGAUAUUUACACCAAAAGCAAUAUACGAUGAAUACCAUUAUAUUUUAGUAAAGAAACAAAUAUUAAGAAUAACAUUCUUAGAACACAAUGAUUAUAUUAAAACAUUCUACAAAGAAAAACACCUACAAGACCUUAUACUACAAAUAUUACAAUUCUACCAAAAAUUUAAACAAGUUCAUCUCAUUACCGAAAAAAUAAUAACACUUCAAGAGAAAUUAAUAAAAAUAAAUACAAAACCAAAUCAUUAUUCAGUAGAUGAACAAAUUAGAAGAAAAUUACAACAAUUAAAAGGAUUACUUUUAAAAGAACUAGAAUACAUAUUCUAUAAUAUAAUAUCUACAAAACUGGCAAAAGAAAAAAUAUCAGAACCAAACGAAGUGUAUAACUGGAUAACAGUAAACAACUAUGAAUAUCAAGGAUACUAUAACCAACUACUAGCUCAUAGUACUAUCGACUAUAACUCAGAGGAAAACCAUAGACAACAUACAUUUAACCUUAUAGACCAAUAUAUACAAAAUAGAAAAUCAAUCAACAAUCAAAUUAUUGCAAGCAAACAAGAAUAUUCAUAUGAAACAUUCGAACGAAUAGCAGAAAGAGAAACUUUAGAAGAAACAGGAAUACUCAUAUAUCAAGAAAAACUAAUAGAAAUUGGACAUAAUACUAAUGGUAAUAAUACUGAAAACGCAACUGAAAUAAAAACAUAUAUUUACCCUGCGAAUAACCAAGAUCCACUACAAAUGGAACUAAACAACCACGGAAUAUGGAAAUACUAUACAAAAGCAGAAAUAUUAGACCAUAUAAUAAUAACACCAGAAUUACAACUGCAACUCAAUUUAAUAUUUUAUUCAAUUGAGCAUUACCAAAAAAUACUAGACUUCAAAUACAAAGAAGAAGAAGUCGACUCUGAAAACGAAGAACAAUUUGAAAAACUAGAAUUACCUAACUUCACUCUAAACGAAGCAACCGACUUUAUAAAUAAAUCAUUUGAAAAUAUACAACCAGUAGAAGUAUACCAAGUAAAGAAAACAAUCCGAAGCAUUGAAAAACAAAUAUAUCAAUUAAAAGAAACUCAGAAAAAACUUAAUUUGAAAUUAAAAAAAUACUACCAACGAAGAUUUACUACAAUCUUCCGAUCAUCGCAAAGACCCCAAGUAUUACAAAACUUAGGAAAUGGACCAACACUAUCACGACUCCAUAAGUCCGAAAUACGUAGCAUAUCAACUGAUUAA